CGAGUGGUCAGCUUGGGGCUGGGCAGUUCGUCGGAGCGCCGGGCUGCAGACGGGGCCGUCGGGAUGGCGGCGCCGCAACCGUGCGCGGACGUCUCCUGCUGCUCGCACCCCCGUGCUGUGCCUGGGGUACAGCAGACGCUGGAGGAGAUGGACUUCGAGAGGGGAAUCUGGUCGGCAGCCCUGAAUGGAGACCUGGGCCGAGUCAAGUAUUUCGUCCAGAAAGCCACAGACCCUAGCCAGCCUGACUCUGCCGGCUACACUGCACUGCACUACGCUAGCCGCAAUGGGCACUAUGCCGUUUGCCAGUUUCUGCUGGAAAGUGGAGCAAAAUGUGAUGCCCAGACCCACGGGGGUGCCACGGCUUUGCACCGGGCCAGCUACUGUGGGCAUACAGAAAUCGCGCGACUGCUGCUUGCCCAUGGGUCCAACCCCCAGCUGGCCGACGAUGACGGCAUGACCAGUCUACAUAAGGUAUGUGAGACCCUGCCUCUCUCUCCCUGCAGGCUGCAGAGAAGGGUCACGAGGACAUUUGCUCCCUCCUGUUACAACACAGCCCAGCCCUGAAGGCUGUCCGGGAUCGCAAAGCACGGCGAGCAUGUGACCUGCUGCCUUGCAACAGUGGCCUGCGGGACCUGCUGGCCAGCUGAGGCUCCACCUCCUCCGUCUCCCGGCUGCCCUUGAAGGGUACACAGACUAGCUCUCCACACCCUUGCCUUGCUCAGUGUCAUGCUGCUGGGACCCGGGCCAGAAUGCCCAGAAGAGCCCUGUCUGGCCCAUGUGGCAGCCAGGAGGGAGGCUGAAGGCUUGUGAGCCUGGG